AUGGCGUGGCCAAUUAUAAUUGCUUUUCCACCACCAGCUUCUGUGUUCGUCACCGGCAUGUCAAUCUUCAGCCUCACCAUGGCCAGUGCCGGAAUCUCAGAAAUAAGAGGAAAGAACAUGGAGUAUUCCAAAUUCAGGAAGAGUAGCAAUCCAUCAGAGUCUGAAAAAUCAAAGCAAAUUUACAUAUCUGGUAAAAGAGGCAUGCAAAUUGCUUAUACCCCAGCAUUUCUUGCUGGCCUCACAUCGUUAGUGUUUCUUCCACACAACGAUGAUAUCAGAUAUCUGUUGAUCUCCUCAGCUCUAACCAUUCAUUUCCUCAAACGACUUUUGGAGGUUCAAUUUGUACACAAGUACAGUGGAGGGAUGGCCCUUGAUACUGCGAUUCCUAUCUGUCUCAGUUACUUCAUGUCAACUGCCACCAUGGUCUACGCUCAGCACCUUACUAUAACCCAAGGGCUACCAGAGCCACCAAUUGAUUUGAAGUUCCCUGGAAUUCUGUUGUUUCUACUUGGGAUAUCUGGCAAUUUCUACCAUCACUACCUUCUUUCCCGAAUGAGAUCAUCGUCCUCGUCGUCUUUAACAAACUCGGAAAGCGAUGAUGAUAAGAAGUAUCAGAUUCCAAGGGGUGGAUUGUUUGAGCUAGUGGUUUGCCCUCACUAUCUAUUUGAAAUCAUGGGAUUUGUAGGGUUCUCUUUUAUUUCUCAGACCUUGUAUGCAUUCGCCAUGGCGGUCGGAACAACGUUAUAUUUGACUGGUAGGAGCUAUGCUACUAGGAGAUGGUAUCAGUCUAAGUUUAAACAAUUUCCUCAAAAUGUCAAGGCUCUCAUUCCAUAUCUUUUAUAG